AUGCGAAGGCUUCUUUUUCGCCCAGUCUCGCCUUCUCCCUUCCCUCUACUUCUCCCGCGCACCCAGAUCAGGCUAACCCGUCACCCCAUCCAGCUCGACGCCUACAAAGCCGCCGAGGACUCCUCAUUCAACAUUCACCGCUCAAGCAACAGAUACACUACCCGGCCGCGCUGGGGAGGUAACUCCUCAUAUGGUUCAGGAGGUGGAGGUGGUGGAGGCGGCGGCGGCGGUGGUCCGGGACCAGCUCCGAGGCGCGUAGGGCGUGUGGACGAUGUUCGCGGACCAGAGUGUGGAAGCUGUCGAUAG